AUGUACAUCUAUCUAUCUAUCUAUCUAUCUAUCUAUCUAUCUAUCUAUCUUUUUUAUCUAUCUAUCUCAACAGAAAAAAAAUCGAUUAAAGAAACGAAUAUUUCUAGUUGUAGCGACAACAAUAACAUUCACGUUGAUGAAAAUAAGUACUUAGAUAAGAAGACGAAUGACAAUAAUGACGACGACGAUGUUACUAUCGAGGAUGAAGAAGGAAAUGUGGGUCUGAAUGAAAUUAAGCCUUUCCCUAGAACUAACCAGAUGUCUUUUAUAGCUGGUGGGACGUUCAUGAUGGGUACAAACAAACCAGUAUUUGUAGCCGACGGAGAAGGACCCGAGAGGAAAGUAGAGAUAAGUUCUUUUUAUAUGGAUGUCCACGAAGUAAGCAAUGCUGAAUUCGAAUUAUUUGUCAACUCUACCGGUUAUGUCACAGAGGCUGAAAAAUUUGGCAAUUCCUUUGUGAUGGAGAACUACCUCAGCAAGCCAACUUUGGAUAAUGUCACAGACUCAGUGAUGGCUGCUCCUUGGUGGCUUUCUGUCAAUGGUGCCAACUGGAAACUACCUGAAGGCAAUGAUUCAACAAUCCGAGAUAGAAUGGAUCAUCCUGUCCUUCAUGUCUCUUGGAAUGAUGCUGUAGCAUUCUGUAAAUGGUCUGGCAAAAGACUUCCCACUGAAGCGGAAUGGGAGUAUGCUUGCAAAGGAAGUCUAAAUCAAAGAUUAUUUCCAUGGGGCAAUAAGGAGAAUCCAUACAACAAACAUUGGAUGAAUAUUUGGCACGGUGAAUUUCCCAAACAUAACACUGGAGAUGAUGGAUAUGUUGGAACAAAUUCAGUAACAAUGUUUCCAGAACAAAACAAAUUCAAGUUGAAAAAUAUUAUUGGAAAUGUGUGGGAGUGGACAUCAGACUGGUGGGAUGUUCGUCAUUCUACAGACUUUCAAAAAGAUCCGAAGGGACCACCUGAUGGAUCGGAUAGAGUGAAAAAAGGGGGUUCAUUCCUCUGCCACAAGAGUUACUGCUAUCGGUACCGUUGUGCAGCCAGGAGUCAAAAUACACCUGACAGUUCUGCAUCUAACCUGGGAUUUCGCUGUGCGAGCUCAAAACCUCCACCCGGGGUAGAAGCAAUUCAUUAG